UGGCGGAAAUCAACUUCCGGGGGCAGAGGUGCUGGAAGCCGGGUGGUGCGUGGUACGUGGGCUACCCCAAGUCGUGUAGCCGGGGCCCUGGUUCCCCGGGUCAGGGUCGCGCCCGGGUGCACGCGUGCAGGGCUGUGUGCUGUGGGUGGCUCACCUGACGGCGUGGGGGAGCGGCGCGGCGGCGGCGGCGACGGCGGCGGCGGCGGCAGCGGCGGCGGCGGCGGCAGCGGCGGCGGCGGCGAGAGCCGGGGCGCAGGUGCACUUAAAGAAUGGAUGAUGAUGAUUUUGGUGGUUUUGAGGCUGCAGAGAUUUUUGAUGGUGGAAAUGGUGAAACCCAAACUACAUCUCCUGCCAUUCCUUGGGCUGCUUUUCCUACAGUAUCUGGAGUCCAUCUUUCUCCAGCCUCUCCUGAGAUUGUAUUGGACCAUGACCACACUUCUCCUUCGGUUGGCUGCCUCUCUUCUGAGCCCAUCAUUUCAUCACCAGAGAAUACACAUGCAGACAACAGCAUUGUCAGUCAAACUUUUCCUAAAGCACAGAUUCAGCAAUCAGCACACACUCAUCUGGAUAUCUCACUUUUUCCGUUGGGUUUAACUGAGGAGAAAAGUAAUGGAACAAUUGCUCUUGUGGAUGAUUCUGAGGAUCCUGGAGCCAAUGUAUCAAACAUACAGCUUCAGCAGAAAAUUUCAAGUCUGGAGAUGAAACUCAAAGUAUCUGAAGAAGAAAAACAGAGAAUUAAAAAGGAUGUGGAAUCAUUGAUGGAAAAACAUAGUGUCUUGGAAAAAGAUUUCCUUAAAGAAAAAGAGCAAGAGGCCAUUUCUUUUCAAGAUAGAUACAAAGAACUUCAGGAAAAACAUAAACAAGAAUUGGAAGACAUGAGGAAAGCUGGUCAUGAAGCCCUCAGCAUUAUUGUGGAUGAAUAUAAGGCACUACUGCAGUCUUCAGUUAAGCAACAAGUAGAAGCUAUUGAAAAACAGUACAUUUCUGCAAUAGAGAAACAAGCACACAAGUGUGAAGAGUUGUUAAAUACUCAGCAUCAGAGGCUCCUUGAAAUGCUUGCCAUAGAGAAGGAACUAUUAAAAGAAAAAAUAAAGGAAGCUUUGACUCAGCAAUCUCAAGAACAGAAGGAAAUAUUGGAAAAAUGUUUGGAGGAAGAAAGGCAAAGAAAUAAAGAAGCAUUAAUAUCUGCUGCAAAGCUUGAGAAAGAAGUGAUGAAGGAUGCAGUUUUAAAAGCUGUAGAAGAAGAAAGAAAAAAUUUGGAAAAAGCCCAUGCAGAAGAAAGGGAGUUAUGGAAGACUGAGCAUGCAAAAGAUCAAGAGAAAGUAUCUCAGGCAAUUCAAACAGCUAUACAAGAGCAAAGAAAAAUUAGUCAGCUCCUGGGGUUCAGCUUUGGAUUUGCACCCGCCUCUGCAUGUAGGUUGCCUGAGAGCAUCUGUUCCUCCCUCAGACAGGACGGGCUUAAAGGAGCAGCUGAUACGGGGGCUCUGACUCACUCAGGCCGUUGGGAGAGGGGCACGGAGUGCGGCGCGAGCCUGCGGUGGCAGAGGCCAGCAUGACAUUGCACCAGCCUGAGGUUCUGCGUGUUCUCCUGGGGAAGGUGUCCCUGGAUCACGGGGCCCUGGCAGUGGUGAGCUGCACAGGCUCCCGAGAGGGGAGGUAUGGAUAGUGACCUGUGCUCGCACACAGGCUUCUUGGUGGUGGCAGCCUCUCAUGCCCGUCUCUGAGGUCUGCGCUUCUAGCCGCGGCUCGCGCCCAUCUCAGGAGCUCCUUUAAGUGGCGCUCUGAAUGCCCUCUCCUCGCUCACCAGGAAACAAAGAGGGAAGAAAAAGUCUCUUGUCUCUAAGGCAGUUCCAGACUUUUUCCCGGGCUCCGUCCCGGCUAGCUGUGGCGCACUAACCCCUUCAGGCUGUGUUCACGCUGCCAGUCCUCUCCCUGGGAUAUGACCAAAGCUCGAGCCUCAGUUCCCAGCCCCCGCCUGCCUGGCGGGUGAGCAGACAAGCCUCUUGGGCUGGUGAGUGCCGGUUGGCACCGAUCCUCUGUGCGGGAAUCUCUCCACUUUGCCCUCCGCACCCCUGUUGCUGCGCUCUCCUCCAUGGCUCCGAAGCUUCCCACCUCCGCCACCCACAGUCUCUGCCCGCGAAGGGGCUUCCUAGUGUGUGGAAACCUUUCCUCCUUCACGGUUCCCUCCCACUGGUGCAGGUCCCGUCCCUAUUCUUUGGUCUCUGUUUUUUCUUUUUUCUUUUGCCCUACCCAGGUACGUGGGGAGUUUCUUGCCUUUUGGGAGGUCUGAGGUCUUCUGCCAGCGUUCAGUAGGUGUUCUGUAGUUGUUCAACAUGUACAUGUAUUUCUGAUGUAUUUGUGGGGAGGAAGCUGAUCUCCCAUGUCUUACUCUUCUGCCAUUUGAAGCUCCUCCUUCACUUUUUAAUGCUGAUAAUAUUACCUUUUUACUCUAUAUUCAAAGAAGUAGAAUCCAAAUUUAUGUUUAGUCAUUGGAACUACAUUGUCUCCUGUUUAAUAUGCUUGUUUUUCUUUUUCACAAACACACAUACACGUACAAUCAAAGUAAAUAAUAUAUAUGUGUGGAAAAGAGUUUGAUUCAUUUAUGUCUAAUUUAUAUUUCUAUAUACCUGUAGUUGGUAGUAAUAAUAGAAACUCACAAAUAACCCCUGUAGUCUCAUAAGAUAUAUACAUAUCAAGAAAUAUGGCCUACAUACAAAGUAACUUUUGAUUACUAUACUGAACAAUUAAAAAUUGUAUUAGUUUCAUUUUCCAUAAUU